AUGUCCUUACAUCUGUAUGUGCUGUUGGAGUCGGUCUUAUCAAUUGCUUCACCUCUCACGUUGGGUGUUGUGGGCAUUGUUACUUUCAUUGCAGCCCUGACACUUGGUAAAUUAUAUUUCAACGGUGGAUAUGUUCCAUCCAAUUUGUUAAAUCACACCAAUUUGAACGGAAAGGUUGCAAUAGUGACAGGACCUUCUUUGGGUGGCAUUGGAUUUGAAGCAGCUGCUUAUUUAUAUUCGAGAGGUGCAACUGUGAUUUUAGGUGUUCGAAAUGUCUCCAAUGGCGAUAUCGUUCAACAAGAAAUAUUGAAAAAGUAUCCAAAACGAAAUGCAUCAACUCUAAAAGUCAUUGCUUUGGAUUUAUCUGAUUUACAAAGUGUGAAAUCUUUUGUCAAGACAUUCAAAGAACAAUAUGAUCGAGUAGAUUUAUUAUUGAAUAAUGCUGGUAUCAUGAUGACACCCUAUUCUACUACUAAACAAGGAGUGGAAAUUCAAUUUGGCACCAAUCAUUUAGGUCACUUUUUAUUAACUUAUUUAUUGUUAAAUGAUAUCAAACAAUCGAAUGGUCGAGUCAUUAAUGUGAGUUCCAGAGCUGGUGAACAUUGGGUGAAAGGAAGAGAGGAGACUCAAGUUGUUGUCGAUCAGAGUCGUCAUGCAUUGAGAGGAUUCUCAUCUUUUACAUUGAAUACCGUCCAGGGAGAUGGUAAAGAAAUUCCUUCGGAUCGAUUGUAUGGUCGAUCAAAAUUUGCGAAUAUGGUCUUUACAAAAAGAUUAGAAAAAGAGUUGAGAAAAGAUCCAAAUACUUUUGCAAGUGCAUUUAGUCUUCAUCCUGGUGUUGUUCGAACUCAACUCUGGCGCAAUCUUAAUCCUCUCUAUUUCCUUCUUGUUGCUCCUUUUUGGUGGUUUGUUACCAAAGAUGCUUGGCAAGGUGCUCAAACAAGUAUCUAUUUAUGUGUGGCACCAAAGGAUCAAUUGAAAGGUGGUUGUUAUUACGCUGAUUGUAAAUUAGACGAGUCUGAAAACAAAUUGGCAUUUGAUGAAGAAUUACAAGAAAGAUUAUGGACCACUUCCUUACAAUUAUGCCAACCUUUCAUUUAA